CCCACCUCCGGUCUCUUUAGACUCGUAUUUAUCCUUUCUUGCUUAAAUUUAUUUCAUCUUUUUGCUUGGGAUUUUGGAGAACCCUUUUGGUCUUACAAAUUUCUUAUAUCCGGAUUUGAGCUUCAACAAAAUCUUGUUUAAUAGGGUUUCAAACUCACCGCUCUUAAACGAGAUUCCUCAACUAUUGUAAACUUUAGUCUUUAAAUUCUCUCGAAAGGUAGUAAGGAAUUAAGUUAUAUUAUCUGGGGUUCUCUUAUAAAUACUCUGAAUUUUCAUCAUGGGUUACAACCACUAGCUCUGCUGGCUACAGAUCUGUCAUGAGAGCUUACUUUCAUGUCUACACUCUAGGUUGUUGUGAAUUAAAAGAAAAAACUUUUAACACAUGGUAAUAAAAUUGAAAGAAAAAAAGAAAGAUUAAAAAUGUCUGGCCUUGAUCUAAAAAUAGUCAGAGAAUAAAGGGUUGUUUCCAUAUUUUCCCUCAACCAAAACCCAAUGUCAAGAGGUCAUAGACUCAUGGCCUUUAGUGACAAAACAGAACCCAGCGGGAAUGAUUCAACAAAGUGUAGAUGAUGACAAAAAAGGGUACUCCAAUAAUUUGAAAAGGCAGCAAAGGAUUGUCAUUUCUGCCAGCAAAAACUGAGACUCCUGUCAUUCACACUGAAAACCUGAAGUCAGAGCCACUGUUGCUCCCAAAGAAACUUCAGAGCCAAGUAAUUGCAGUUGGGACCUACCAGUGAGCAAAGCAAUACACUAUCUCUCCCCACCACCCAUCUCUCCCUAAUUGAACUCCCAAACCCCUCUGCAAAACUUUCAUCUUUCUGGUGUUCCUUUUACUUGAAGAAAGGAUUGAUGGUUUCAUCAAGAAAAGACUUAAAUGGGCUCAAGAAUGCUGUCUUUGUGAUGGUCUUCUUAUCACUCACAUUCUUACCUUCCAAAUCAGGUGGGUCAAAUUUAGUGAGGGAGAGUGAAGGUGUGAAGCAAAUGAAGUUGGUUUUGGGGUCAAGGCCUCCACGGUGUGUUAACAAGUGCUUGAGCUGCCGGCCUUGCAUGGCUGCUUUGGUUCCAUCUCCACGCCACAGACCUGACUUGAAGCUGAAGGUUUCAUCUCAUCAGGGAGAUGAGAGCUAUUAUCUUCUCUCAUGGAAAUGCAAAUGUAAAGAUAAGUUCUUCCAACCUUGAAACUUCCAAGGUUGAUCGAAUUUGAGUAGAUUAUAUAGUCAAAAUCCUCAACAUUAACAUGUUAAUUUCUGUGAUGAAUUUGUUAUAGAUAAAUUAUCAAUGCUUAUAAUAUUAUUAUUA